AUGAAUAAUUGUAAAGAUGCAGUGCAUCUUGAACGAGUUAUAAACGAGAUAUUUAUUACUGGUUCGAUAGUUGUAUUAGUUCCGCCGAAUCUUCUUCAUCCUAUCCUUUCAGCCGAAUCUUCACCAUCCAUCCUUCCGGCCGAAUCUUUCCUAUCCACCCUUUUUCUUGCACUUUCCAUUAAAGCUCCGUUCGAUCAAACUAAAUGGGUUGGUGGUCAAACAGAAAAUAUUACAUGGGAAGAGGAUAACAAAGCUCCAUUAUUGAAAGAUAUGGGCAUGAUGGGGAUUGACUUGAUGUAUAAUACCAGCAAUUUCUGUAAAGUAAUAACACUUGCCACUAGCAUUGAUCCUAAGAGCCUCCUAUUUGCUUGUCCUCUUCCCACGACCAUUGGACUUGGAAGUGAUCCAACUCAAUAUACUGGUACCAAUAGUACCAAUAGUACUAGCACCAAUAAUACAUAUACAGCAUAUUCUCAUACGUUUACUAUCAACAACAUUACUGGUACUCUACAAUGCAUACCAAACAAUCCAUCAUCUACUACCGCCAAUACUGCCAACACUACCACCACUAUUCCUAGCGACUCUACUAAGGUUGGCAAUAACGUAAUUGCUGGUUCUUCGGCUCCCGCUGCUCCCGUAGACUCAAAUAAACCUGCUGCUGCAAGUGGUAGUUCUACUGCCAAGAGUGCUGCUACUGCUGGCGCAUCCAAUUCAAAGACUUCAAACGCCAAUAGUUUAGUGGUUUAUCCAUCGUUUGUUGGAUUAUCGUUAGCUAUCAUUAGUUUUGCCUUAUCACAUCUUUAA